AUGGACACGUCAUCCGACCUCUUGAUGGCACCGGAACAGAGGAAGCAGCUGGACAAGAUAGUGCAGAGUGUAAGAAAAAUGGCAAACGCAGACAGUCUCAAUGGUUACCAACCG